CAUGCAUUGAGAGAAACACACACACACACACACACACACAUACUAGUGGCGACCACAUUUUCACAGCCUGCUCUUCAGACUGACAGCAGCAAACGGAGUUGAGAGGCAGCAACAUAGAGCGAGGGAGGACGAGAAAGAGAAAACAAGGGUGGCAUCCACAGAGGAGAAGAGCCUACACAGGAUUUUUCUCUUUUAUCUCUCUGGGAGCCAUAAAAGGAUUCUCCCCUUCUUGAACUGAACUUGCUCUGCUGCUAAAGAGGACCUGCUCCCUGCUAUGGCAGCCCCGGUGGGACAUGGGAACACUGUCUCCCUCUCGUCUUCCUCCUCUCAUCGCUGGCUCCUCUGGGCUCUGCUGAGCCUUUCAAGCCAAGUGUGGGGCUUUAACCUGGAUACUACUCACACACUGCACAAGUUGGGAGACCGUGGCACCUUUUUUGGUUUCUCUCUAGCACUUCACCAGCAGCUUACCCCAGAGCCUCAGAGCUGGAUUCUCGUGGGGGCGCCGCAGGCAGCGGGGCAGGGCCUGUUGCAGGGCAGACGUCCAGGAGCUUUGUUCAGGUGUCCAAUCACACCAGAGGAGUACGACUGUGAGAGGGUGGAUAUUGAUGGAGAAGUGGAUCUGGACAGAGAGAGCAAAGACAACCAGUGGCUGGGAGUCACUGUCAAGAGUCAGGGGAUUGGAGGGAAGGUGGUGACCUGCGCUCACCUGUAUGAGCUCAGGCAACGCGUGGGUCAAGCUUCAGAGACUCGUGACCCAAUCGGACGCUGCUACGUCCUCAGUGAAGACCUGACAGAGCGAGACGACCUGGAUGGAGGGGAGUGGAAGUUCUGUGAGGGCCGGCCGCAGGGCCACGAGCAGUUUGGCUUCUGCCAGCAGGGACUGUCCGUCAGUUUCACCCCAGACAACAACUUCAUCCUGUUUGGUGCUCCGGGAACUUACAACUGGAAAGGUGAGAUGCGCGCCCAGCUCCUAAACCAGACUCUGCUUGACCUUGGUUUCUAUGACGACGGGCCCUACGAGGUGGCAGAUCAGAAACAACUUAAUGCCCAGCUCAUCCCUGUGCCCUACCACAGUUACCUGGGGCUCUUGUUCAUGGCUAGCCCCAUUGAAGAUGCGCUGCUGUACAAAACUCUGGAGCCCUCCAGCCGGCCCACAGCGUUUGAGGAUGUAGCUCAUAAUAGCUACUUAGGGUUUUCUGUGGACUCGGCCAUGGGGAUAAUGAGCCUUGGGGAGCUAACUUUUGUGGCAGGCGCACCUCGGGCCAAUCACACAGGGGCAGUGGUGCUGCUGAGGAAGGACAACGUGUACCGGCUGGUGCCACAGCACAUCUUCUGGGGGGAGGAGCUGGCCUCUUCAUUUGGCUACUCAGUAGCUACAACGGAUUUAAACAAGGACGGCUGGACAGAUCUGAUUGUUGGUGCUCCUAAUUUCUUUGACCGUAAGGCAGAGAUUGGUGGAGCUGUGUAUGUUUACCUAAACCCCUUCGGUCACUGGGACGAUCAGGCUCGGCCGAUUCGGCUUAACGGGACCUACGACUCAAUGUUUGGAAUGACAGUCAGCAAUGUAGGAGAUCUGGACCAGGACGGAUACGGCGAUAUUGCUGUGGGGGCACCGUUUGAUGGUGAUGGCAAAGUUUUCAUCUACAGAGGCUCAAAUGCUGGAAUUGAAACAAAACCUGCUCAGGUGCUGGAUGGUCGUGACUUUGAUGUGAGACGUUUUGGAUACUCCAUCUCAGGCGGUUUGGAUAUUGAUAAUAACCAAUACCCAGAUGUAGCAGUGGGCUCACUUAACAACUCAGUGGUUCUCUUCAGGUCUCGUCCAGUCAUUCAUGUGGUCAGAGAUAUAUCUAUCGAUCCUGGGAAAAUUGAUCUGAAGCAGCAGAACUGUAAGGGCAGAGAAGGAGUCUGCGUGGAGGUCAAGGCGUGCUUCACCUUCACAGCCCACCCAGAACACUACUCACCACACAUUACCCUGGUUGUGCACUUUGAAGCCGACACCGAGCGCAGGAAGCUGGGCCUCCCACACCGCAUUAACUUCCUGGGCCGCAGUUCCCUGGAGCCGGAGUAUACUCAGACAGAAGAGGUGGAGCUGCAUCGUCAGCGUCACCCUGUGUGCACCACUGCUACCUUCCAGCUUCACGAGAACAUCCGGGACAAACUGCGUCCCAUCUCAGUGGCGAUAACCCACACUAUCAAGCCUGUGCCACCACGCAGACACUCAGCCAAGCGGCUGGAGAAGCUGGCGCCUGUACUGAGUGUUUCCCCCUCUAAUACGCUGCAGUCGGAGGUGAACUUCCGGCGAGAAGGAUGCGGGAACGACACAAUCUGCCAGAGCAACCUGAAGCUGAGCUACCAGUUUGGGACACGACCCAUAACCUCUGACCUCUUCACCCCUCUGCCAAAAGACGAGGAUGAUGUGCAGGUGUUCUCCCUGUCAGACCAGCGGUUGGUGGUGCUAGAGAUCACUGUCACCAACAUGCCCUCUGACCCCCUGAACCCUGAGGAGGAUGGAGACGACGCCCACGCUGCUCAGCUGCUUAUCUCCUUACCAGACACUCUGUCAUAUGCCGGCUCCAGGGUCCCGCCACAGAUGAGAUGCCAAGCGAACCAGAAUGGCUCUCAAGUUGAAUGUGACCUGGGAAACCCUGUGAAACGAAAUACGAAGCUGAAAUUCUCCAUCAACUUGAGCACAUCUAACAUCACAAUUGAGACCACUGAGCUGACAGCAGAUCUCUCACUGUCAACGAUCAGUGAGCAGCCUGGUUUGGCACCGGUUACAGCCUUUGCUAAAGUGGUGAUAGAGCUCCCUCUGUCUGUCAGCGGACUUGCUCGUCCUCACCAGCUGUUCUUCAGCGGGACAGUAAAGGGAGAGAGUGCCAUGACCAGUCUGGAGGACAUCGGCAGCCCUGUGGAUUUUGAGUUUGUGGUUGCGAAUCCCGGACAAGCCCUGCAGACACUCGGCUCGGCCUUCCUCAACAUAAUGUGGCCUUACGAGUUGACCAAUGAGAAGUGGCUCCUGUAUCCCGCCAGCUUGAAGUUCGAGGGUCACCCAGACACACAGUGCACCCCAACAGGGGCCUUAAAUCCUCUGAAGCUAUACAGCUCCUCACUUGCAGACCUUCCACGGCCUGUCAAUCGCGUGGAGGGGCGAACACGUCGCUCCCACCCAGAGGAGGAAGGUCAAGUGAUGACAAAAGACAGUGUGAGACGGACCACCCCAGCUGUGGCGGCUUCAGACAGACGCAAGUCGCUCAAACUGGAUUGUCUCUUGGGGUCGGCACGCUGUGUCGUGUUCCAGUGUCCCCUCCACAGCUUCUCCGGUCAGGCUGUCCUCAAGAUCCACGCCAGGCUGUGGAACAGCAGCUUCAUAGAGGAGUUUCCAGCCGUAAGUGCUCUGGAGCUUCUGGUCCGAGCCAACAUCACUGUCAAGUCCAGCAUCAAACAUCUGGUCCUCAAGGAUGCAGCUGCAAAGGUUCCAGUGAUGAUCUAUCCUGAGCCUGGUCUCACUGACCAGUACUGGAUCCCCUGGUGGAUCAUCCUCAUAGCCGUCCUGGCAGGCAUCCUGCUGCUGACUCUGCUGGUCUGCAUACUGUGGAAGUGUGGUUUCUUCCAACGGGCCCACUACAAAGACAAACUGCCUCAGUACCACGCGGUGAAGAUUCCUCGCGAGGACCGGCCUCAGUUCCAGACUGAGAAGUCAGGAGUUGUCCAUAAAAAGGAAUGGGCCACACACUGGAGCGACGGUACCUCUUAACUCUCUCUAAAGCACUGACUGACUGAAUUUAUUCGAAUCACCAUGUGUGGCUCUCAUUCUGUCUUUGCAUUGGAACUAACGGACUAAGAAAGUGCACAUAAACUGAGAUCAUGACAUUUUGUGCACUCUGUACUGUGUCAGUACUGGUGGCCUCGUACAGUGUGACUGGAUCUCUCAUACUGUAGCCCGCUGAUGGCUGGCCUUGCAUAGUCUAUUUAUGCUGUGCAUCUAUAUCAGUGUGUUACAGUUUAAACUGAAGGCCAAUGAGAAAUCAGAGCCAGUCUAGCUGCUCAAGAUGCUUUGCAACCUGCAGAAGAAGUACUGAUGCUCACAUGGACUUCACAGUCUGUCAUCAGGACAAAGGAGGACAGAAAAUCACAAAGACAUGCAUGAAUGCACAAACAUACAGUAUAAUCAUAGAUGCAUACAGACACACUGGACAUUGUUGAUGAGGAAGCCACUGCCUGUGACAAACACUACUUUUUGCCUUAACUACUGUAAGACUGACGACUGAUAUGGGCAAUGAAAUAAUGCAUUUUUUUAAAAUAGAAAUUAUGUUUUGGGAUUUUCUGUUAGUUAGCACUGGUAAGCAAUGGGAAAAUGUCAGUAUGUAAGAUAUCAGUAACAUGUUGCCGAACACUGAGUGUUGUCUGGUUUUGCUGAUUGCUCUGAAAACAAGUUCACAUGAUAGUUUUUUGUAUUUCCUUAUUCAAGGAAAAGAAAUUGCCUUUUUGUGUCAAUAUCUUUUUUCACUUUUUGUUAAUAUGUCAGUCAGGUGUACUGUACAUUGAUAGUUUAUUGCCUGAGUGAACUUGAAAAAGAACAAAAAAUGUCACUAUAUGACACCACGGCCAUAGCGCUGUAGUCGCAUGAAAACCAAACAUGUAAGAAAAGCAAAGCAAUAUUUACUCUAUGGUCUGCACAUAUGCAGUGUAAGCAUUUAAAUUUUUGGACCAGUGUGUAAAAUGAUUAUGUGCAAAAACAUAGUCUCGAAUGAAAGGUCCAGUGUGUAGGAUUUAUGGAGAAUAUAUUGACAGAAAUUGAGUAAAUAUAUAAAAAGUAAUAUAAUAAGAGUGUAUAUUUCACCUUAAAAUAAUAAUUUUCAUGUUUUCGUUAUCUAAGAUUGAGGCAUUUAUGUGUGCAUGUGUUCCUACAGCAGCACAGACUGUGCAAUUCAAGCACCGGGUCCAGAUUCGCUUUUCGUUUUUCACAUUUACGUGUUGGCCAACGUAGUUAGCAGCCCAUCCUCCAUCCAGAUAAUUAAGCCUGAUAAAAACCUGAGUAAUGAACACUAAAGGAAUCCUAACCGGGAGUUUCAGCAGUUUGCAAUCAGCGAUCCUCACUUUGCUAAAUGCAGAGUCUCCAACACAUUCAUUUAUUUAUGGCGGCCCGCCACGAUUAAAACAUCUGCCGUCACAAAUAGAUUUUCUAUUUUUAGAG